CAAAGCAACCCCUUAAAAAUGUUAAGGGAAAUGUUAAGGGAUCAGGGUGCUCUAAACUAAAGUCCUGGAACUGCGUGACUGGAAUCCUAACCGUCUCUAUAUUGCCGUCAUUGUUCUUGCUUCAUCCCUUCUGCCAUGGGAGGUAGCAAGAAGAACAAGAAAAGGCUUCCUCCAUCUCAAAAAGCUAAGGAUGUGCAGAUGACAACAGUGCCGAAUGACAUGGAGAAGCUUAACGGAGAUGGGGAGGUUUCCGGCGACGCUCAGGUACUAGUCCUCCUUUAUGCUGUCCAGUCCUAGCUCUAAGAGACUAAAACCCAUGGAUUUGAUUGAUUUUUCUUCUCCAUUCACCGUUUUCAGUUCUCUCAGUCGAUUCUUAAGACCCUACAGUAAUCUAGUACGAAUUGCUUGCUUUUGGAAUUCCGGAUUCGUGGCUCAAACCAUCAAUUCAAAUUUUGAACUUUGAGUAUCUCGAUCACUGUUCAUCUUCGAUUUUCAACUUUUGGGGUGUCCCCUCAUAAGUACAGAGUACUUUUUUACACUACGGAUGAUGUGCAUUUGUUACAUGUGUAUAUGCAUUUAUGUUCACUUAAAAAAAUUCUUUCCUGGAUAUUGUGGUCCCCCUCAAUCCCCUUAGGUUUUCUUGUGUUAAGAGCCCUAGCUGGUUUACCCCGCAUUGAAUUGUAGAAAGUUCAGCCAGCUGGUUGUUUCCAAAAAAAUUUGAAGCUUGCUUUUGAUGCUGGACAGUAUGGGGUUUUUGAUGGUGCUUUUUUCUGCAUCAGUAUGGAAGCUAAACGCCUGCCUUUUGCUGAGUGUUGGAGCAGAAAAUGGAUAUAAAUUUAACUCUCCCAACAACGCCCUGUCACCCUUCCCUCUCAUUUGUCCGUCUUCAUCACCUCCUUACAAUAUAAAUGAGUGUUCUUGUACACAGUUUUAUUCACUCACAGUCAUUGCAACUUCUAUCUUCUUUGUCUCUAUAUUAAUCUUCACUUCUACUUUGAAUCUUUUUCGGUAAGUUGAAAAAACACUGAAAAUGGGGUUUACUUUGAAAAAACUUGGUGAUAUUCUACUGGUCAUGACACUCAUCAUCUCCCUGGCUUUGGCAAAAGAAGGAAAUACUGAAGUGUUGAGAGCUCCCAUAUCUUCUUCUAUUCUUAGCCUUGUAUGCUUGGGAGGGAAUCAGGCAGCUUAAUUUUACGUCCCAGGGUUAGUUUGAUAAAGGGAUUGAAAAUUGGAUCGUAUAUCUUCCUGGGGGCGGAUGGUGUAUGAAUGUCAGCAAUUGUGAACAUUACAAUCAUGAUAAAGGUGUUGGUUCAGAUCCAAGAGCAAUGUACUUUGAUUAUAUUUUAAGUUCCAACAUGGAAAAGAAUCCUGACUUUUUUGACUGGAACAAGGUUUAUAUCCGAUCCAAAUGGUGGAAUCUCUCACCCCAGGAGCCCCUCACCCCGACACGACAGGAUGGUGGGGAGGUUAGUCAGGGUGACUCAGUCAGCAGAAUGGCAGUAGGCCCAUACACCCGUGUGCAUCAGAGGUCCAUGCUUAUUUCAGGUUUAUUGAUCCAAAUCUCCCACCACUCGACCAACUGAGCUACUCGGUACUAAGCUUUUCUUUAGAGGACGGAGAAUCUACAAAGCUGUGAUGAAGGAGCUGUUGAACAAAGGAAUGCGGAAUGCGAAAAAUGCUCUUUUAGCUGGUAGUUCAGCUGGGGGAGUGGCAACAACCAUUCACUGUGACAGAUUCCGAAGUCUUUUUCCACCCACUUCUAGAGUAAAGUGUCUGUGCGAUGGUGGUUACUUUUUUCUUGUGAAAAAUCACACUCGAGGAAACAUGUUUCUAUCAAUGUUUGAGGGCUUGAUAAAACUCCAUAAAUCUAAAAAUGCGCUGCCGAAAUCUUGCACCACAAAAUUAAGUGCAAAGCUGUGUUUUUUCCCACCGAAUUUACAGAAUGACGUCAAAACACCCAUUUUUUCCUUAUGUCAGCCUUUGAUUACAUCCAGACAAUAGCGAGCUUAUUUGGGGCAUGGUAUUUCGAGAGGAAAAAUGUUCAAAUAGUAGAUGAAUACCCCUGCCCCUACACAUGCCCAUAUUGAUAUGUUCAUGAAGGCUCGUGCAACUUAAAAUUUUAUGAUUUAUGUUAUUUGUCAGGCAUUAAUUAAUUAUUUCUUUUUAAAUUUCCCUUCUAACUAUUGUGCAUUGGUUACUGCUAACAUUAAAUUACGUAUUUGUUCGGUUAUUUAUCAUCUUAAUUGUGUCAUUAUACUUAGC